AUGCAGUACUAUUUUGAGGAGAGGUAUGAUUUGGUGAAGUUUAUUAAGCUAGUAAAGCAAGCAGGACUUUAUGCACAUCUCAGAAUUGGUCCCUAUGCUUGUGCAGAAUGGAAUUUUGGGGGUUUUCCAGUUUGGCUGAAAUAUGUUCCUGGUAUAAGUUUCAGGACAGAUAACGGACCUUUUAAGGCUGCUAUGCAAAAAAUCACAACCAAGAUUGUGAAUAUGAUGAAAGCUGAAAGACUGUAUGAAACUCAAGGUGGUCCAAUCAUACUAUCUCAGAUUGAGAAUGAAUAUGGACCAAUGGAGUACGAGCUCGGUGCACCAGGUCGAGCUUAUACAGAAUGGGCAGCGAAAAUGGCCGUCGGUCUUGGCACCGGUGUACCGUGGGUCAUGUGCAAGCAAGACGAUGCUCCUGAUCCAAUUAUAAAUUCCUGCAAUGGUUUCUAUUGUGAUUACUUUUCCCCUAAUAAGGCUUAUAAACCCAAGAUGUGGACUGAAGCAUGGACUGGCUGGUUUACUAAAUUUGGUGGUCCUGUACCUUACCGACCCGCCGAAGAUUUGGCAUUUUCUGUUGCUAAAUUUAUUCAGAAAGGGGGCUCUUACAUUAACUACUAUAUGUAUCAUGGAGGAACAAACUUUGGCAGGACAGCUGGCGGUCCGUUUAUUGCGACUAGCUACGACUAUGAUGCACCUCUUGAUGAAUACGGACUUUUGAGGCAGCCCAAAUGGGGACACCUGAAAGAUUUGCACAGGGCAAUCAAGCUCUGCGAGCCAGCUUUAGUAUCUGCUAAUCCUGUUGUUACGCCACUUGGCAACUAUCAAGAGGCUCAUGUGUUCAAAUCAAAGUCCGGUUGUGCUGCUUUCCUUGCAAAUUACAAUCAACGUUCGUUUGCAAAAGUGUCCUUUGGGAGUAAACAUUACAACUUGCCCCCUUGGUCCAUCAGUAUCCUUCCUGACUGCAAAAACACUGUCUACAACACGGCAAGGAUUGGAGCCCAAAGUGCCCAAAUGAAGAUGACCCCUGUGAGGAAAGGAUUCAAUUGGCAGUCUUACAAUGAAGAAGCUGCUUCACACGAAGAAAAUUCAUUUACAAUGGUUGGAUUGCUGGAGCAGAUUAACACCACCAGAGAUCAUACAGACUAUUUAUGGUACACGACAGAUGUGAGAAUCGACCCGCGUGAAGGAUUUUUAAGAGGCGGCAAGUGGCCUGUGCUCACUGUGCUUUCUGCAGGCCAUGCAUUGCAUGUAUUUAUCAACGGGCAACUAUCAGGAACUGCUUAUGGAAGUCUCGAAAAUCCCAGAUUGACUUUCAGUGAAGGCGUGAAUUUGAAAGCUGGAGUGAACAAAAUUUCUCUCCUCAGCAUUGCCGUUGGUCUCCCGAAUAUAGGUCCCCAUUUCGAGACAUGGAAUGCUGGUGUUCUUGGUCCCGUUUCUCUCAGUGGUCUUAAUGAAGGAAAACGUGAUCUGACGUGGCAAAAGUGGUCUUACAAUAUUGGUUUAAAAGGAGAAUCUCUGAGCAUUCAUUCGCUCAGUGGAAGCAAUUCCGUCGAAUGGGUCGAGGGAUCUUAUGUCAGCGAAAGACAACCAUUGACUUGGUACAAGACCAAUUUCAAUGCUCCCGAUGGAAACGAGCCCUUGGCUUUAGACAUGAACACAAUGAGCAAAGGCCAUGUUUGGAUAAACGGUCAAAGCAUCGGGCGGUAUUGGAAUCAGUACAAAGCAUCUGGCAAUUGUGGGGCAUGCAAUUAUGCCGGUUGGUUUAACGAGAAGAAAUGUCUUACCAAUUGUGGUGAAGCUUCCCAGAGAUGGUACCACAUUCCUCGAUCCUGGCUUUACCCGACCGGGAAUCUUCUGGUUGUGUUCGAAGAAUGGGGAGGAAAUCCUUAUGGGAUCACUUUGGUCAAAAGGGAAGUUGCGAGCGUGUGUGCAGAUAUAUACGAAUGGCAGCCGACUUUAAUGAACUGGCAAAUGCAGGCUUCGGGAAAAGUCGACAAGCCACUAAGGCCUAAAGCACACCUUUCGUGUGCCUCUGGCCAAAAGAUCUCGUCCAUCAAGUUUGCUAGCUUCGGGACCCCUCAGGGGUCUUGUGGUAAUUUCCGUGAAGGGAGUUGCCAUGCAUUCCAUUCUUACGAUGUUUUCGAGAGGUAUUGUGUCGGCCAGCCAUCUUGCACAGUGCCUGUUACACCCGAGAUCUUUGGUGGAGAUCCUUGUGCAAAUGUCAUGAAGAAAGUAUCGGUCGAGGCCAUAUGCAGCUAA